AUGAAAAAGAUGAGAACGUUGUACCUGGUUUGUGGACCAGACAAUAGUUUGAUCAGUGUCGCAGGUAUUGAUUUAUCCUCAACAAUUCGUUUUGGAAUGUCAGUGGAGGAAAUGCAAGGCAUGAUUUGUGACGUUUUAUGCCAAAUAGUGAUAUUAGAAUCGAAGAACAUGAUUCAUAACGAUGUGAAACCUCAAAACAUUGUUAAAUAUGACAAUCAUUACUAUUUGAUCGAUUUUGAAAUUUCUGAAACCUUCGAUGAAUGUAUUGAAACGGAUACGCGUUAUGAAUGCAAACGUGGUGACAAAGAGUUGACCUGUAAAUCCUAUUCUAAAGGUUAUCGUGCACCAGAAAGAGAAAAAGAACACAAAAUCUCUCCGAAAAGUGAUGUCUAUUCUUUGGGACUUGUUGUUUUAGAAUGCUUAAAGUUGAACAAAGUUGAUUGUCGCAACAAAUCAAAGAUUGAAGAAUGUUUGAAACGACAAGAAGAAGAAUCCUCUCGAACAUUGUUGAAAGAAUUUAUUGGUUCAUCGUUAAAAGAAAAUCCCAUCAAAAGGUCAUCUCCCAAAGAGUUAUUUCGGCUUUUUUCAACUGAAAAAACAAAAGAAACAUUGCGCUAUUUUAAAGAUAAAGAGGCUGUGCUGAGAGAACAUUUUCCACAACAAGAAGAGGAGACAUCGUACGAAUAUAUUUUCUAG